AUGACAGAACCCGGCUCCUCUGAUUACUUUGACCUCGCUCAUCACACUUCUUCCUCCUCUCACCCCCCCUCGACCUCGACCACUCUCAGAAGCCGCAACACAUCCAUCUCGCUCGACCCCUCACAACCGCAGUCCACUGCUGGUUCUUCCUCCCACUUCCACUCGUGGCCUGCAACCCCGAGCCAACCCGCAGGACUCAUGUUCCACAAUCCUCAGACCGACGGCGGGCCCGUCUCGUUCGCUCCCCACAUCCCCUUCCCCAUGGGCCAGAACAACAAAGACGAGACCAACGGCCUCGGACUUGACCCCGGAACCGGUGCGGGUCAUGACGCCGUCUCGUCCGCCUACGGCUUCAACCUGAUGGCCAACGGCAUGCCCCCUCCCUCGCCGUUCGGCUUUGCAGUGCCGCCUCUGCCCCCAAACAUGCAGCGCCCUGCUCUGGCCCUAGACACCACGGGCUCCAACUUCCACAUCCCGCAGACUCAGCCCGGCUCCGCCAUGUCCCCUCCUCUCACUGGCCUGGACCUUUCAGGCGUUGACAUGGCAGGUGUUGACCGCAUUCUGACUCCCAACUUCUACGCCCCGUUCCAGCAUGACAUGGGAAUGGGCGGAGCCAUCCCUCCGCCUACUUUCUACGAUCCCGGCACCAUAUCCCCCUCCCAAUUGCCCCACCAGAUGUUGAAGCCAACGAAGAGUUUCUCCGAUCUGCUCAUCGAGAGCCGCCAGUCGUCUCUGUCGGCUAGUUCCACGGAGCAUGAGUGGAACAGCGGUGUCGAAGACCUGUCGAUGCCCCUGGCCCGGGCUCUCGUCAUGGAGCAGCAGUCGCCUGCGCUCGGCGGACACGCCCACCUGGCUAAUUCGCAUCAACGCGCUGCCUCACUCGACAUGUCGCAGCUGAACGGAAAUGCGCAGCAGCGCCCCGAGUUACUGAACCAGGCUCUCCGCAUGUACAAUGCCGCCCCGAAUCGCCUAGCGUUUGGAGAGCGCAAGAUCAUCAUCAUGUCGCCAAAGGUCGGACAGAAGAGUUACGGUACUGAGAAGCGUUUCCUCUGCCCGCAUCCGCAAGCGACCCUCGUCGGCAAGUCGUGGUUCACGUCUAACAAGGACGACUGCCCCGUUUCUCCGCUCAUUCCGCCCCGUGUUAAUAUCAGUCUGUCCGGUGAGGCCGCGGUCAAGGACGUGCACGUCCAAUGGACGACCCUGGACAACAAGUCAUUGGAUGACAAGAUCCACACGCAAGCCAUCACCGAGGAUGACAAGCCUUUCCUCGGUAAUGUGGCUGGCAAGAACCUCCACAUUUCUGACAGCGAUGGAAAGCGCAGGGAAGUCAAGGCUUUAGUCACCGUUCGUGUUCCGAGCCCGCAACACGCCGGACCGCACGGAUGGGGACCAGCCAAGGGAACGAUGACCGAGGCCGCACCUGAUCGUGUUAUUGGUGUGUUCGAGUCCAAGGAGAUCAAGGUCAUCUCGAAACCGAGCAAAAAGAAGUCGAGCUCCAAGUCAGCUGAGCUUAUUAUCCAACACGGCUCAACGAUCGCGCUUUUCAACCGAGUCAAGUCACAGACGUCGUCGACGAGAUAUCUUUCGGUCCCGAUCGACCUCACUCGCUUCAAGGGAUCGGACGGCAAGCCCGUCACUGGCGCUCUUCCCCCGGAUGUCACUCCUUCGGAGAGCAUCUUCCGUGGCUUCACCGUCAACCCUAGCGUUUGGGAGUCUUUCAUCAUUUACCUCGUCGACCCGACCCAGCCGGUUGGCGUUAGCAACGUCAAGUCGCCGAACCCUGGGUGGCCCAACCUUCCGAGUAACGCCAUUCCCGCUCACAUGGCUCCGCCUAUCCGCUACAACUCCACUGUCGUCUUGCAGUCUCUGCAAACUGGUCUGAUCUCGCCGGUUCUUGUUAUUCGCCGCAACGACGAGGGCUCGGAGGUUGUCGGCAUGGACGGCACCGCCACGGACAACCCCAUCGCUUGCCCUGAAGGCGAACUCCCUGGCAACGCUGUUUCGCAGCUCCAGAAGGUUGCAUUCGAGGUGUACCAGCCCGAGUCUAUGCGCAACUACCAGCGCGAUCCGACGUACGGAGGACUGUGGCUGUCUUGUGACCAGGAGGCCGUACGUGAGCAGUUCGUUAACGCUGAACGCCGCUGGACUCCUGUCCCUGCCUCGGCUCGUGGCAGCGCUGCCGCCCGACCGGCCAGCUUACCCAACACGCCACAGACUCGUUUCGGUGUGCUGCCUAUGACGCCUCACACUGCAUCAGUCGCGCUGCCCUCGGGACCCCCGAGUCCGAUUUCCUCCUCGUCCUCCAGCGACUACUUCGGCGCCCACAGCCGCAAGUCAUCAUCUUCGAUGCUGUUCUCCCCUCUGUCUGGCGAGCUCCCUCUUCCGCCGCCUUCGACCGACGGAGGGCCUGUUCGUCGUCAACGCACGGGAUCAACUACGAACAGCCGAGGCGGACCCCUUCAGCGACCCAUGCACAAGAAGCGUGCCUCUGCUGAUAUUCCGACGUCCGGCGGGUCGUUCGACUUCUCGGCUAACGGCAUGCUCACGAAUGUCCCCGUUGUCCAAGAUCGUACCUACUGGACUCUGGACGUUGGUGACGUGUGCAUCUGGUCGAUCGUCAGCACCGAACAGGUUACGUACACCUUCUACGUGCCUCCCUACGCCUCGGAGCUCUCGGAGCCUCUGGCUCCUUUCCCGAUGGCGCACCGACUACUUCCGCCAAACAUGAGUGCCGAGGUCACCAUGGCCAAGUACAACCACCAGUACACGUCCAUGGCGACCAUGCCUUUGGUGACAUUUUACGGAAAAGGCUUCACCAAGAGGCCUGACGGCCAUGCGUGCCACAUCGUGUAUUACGGAGACCAGCCGGCGGUCCACAACGAGGUCAGGUGUCACGAGGUCAUGGCAGCGGCGGAACCCGCGCCGUCAGCACACCCUCAGCCUGUGUUCCUGGUCCGCGAGGACGGACAGUGCAUCCUGCCCACUGGCCUCAUCUACCCUGCGAUGCAGAGGCAGUGA